GUAAUUUAGGGGUGAGAGAGAGAGAGAGAGAGAGAGAGAGAGAGAGAGAGAGAGAGAGAGAGAGAGAGGGCCACAUUGUAGGAAGAUGUCAGCAACAGGUGGAGGUGGCAGUGGAAGUGGUGGUGGGGGGGAGGCACAGAAGAAACCCCUGGAUCAGUCUGCCCACAUUAACCUCAAAGUCAAAGGGCAGGAUGGUAAUGAAGUGUAUUUUAGAAUUAAACAUACGACCCAGCUGAAGAAGCUCAUGACUGCCUACUGUGAUCGGCAGUCAGUUGACAUGAACUCGAUUGCCUUCUUGUUCGAUGGCCGGAGACUCCGGCCUGAGCAGACUCCAGAGGAGCUCGAGAUGGAAGAUGGCGAUGAGAUUGAUGCCAUGCUGCACCAAACUGGAGGGUGAUCAUGAAAGUUGUUGAAACCCUUUUUUUCUUAUAACUUAUAUAUUUUGUAGAAAAUUAUUAAGUCUUAAGUUUCUGUUUGUUGGUAAUAAUUGUGACGAAGUUGUGAUGAGAUGAAUAUUUGAAAUAAACGUGUUCUCGAGGGCGAGAUCGAGAGCUACUGUGUUAAAC